UACAUUUUACUUUUCUACUACACUGAAAUUAAUUGUCACUCUGUGACGAGGAAGGCGCGCUCCCGCGCAGGUAAAUAGAGCGGACUUUGUACUUUCCCAUUCCUUGAAAAUAGCUUUAAAACAACGUGUGAAAACGAGGAAGCAGAUCUGUGAAAUAUAAAAGUCUGAAAAAGUGCGAAUAUUCAGAUAUUCAAUAUUCUGUUAGGCUCUGACAGCCUUGAAGGUGCAGAAUCCAUCCAUAACUUCUCAGCAUAAAUGUCUGCCUCUUCAGUGCACCACUUUCAACAUCAGUGGUCAUUACAGAGAUGGAAAGCAGCAAUACAGGGAUAUUUGACUUUGGAUACAACCACUGCAUUGCACUCAAGAUCUACAAUCUGCACACCAGGCUUCAGAAAUCCACCAGUGAUUCUAAACCCCAGAAGAAAAUACGAUGCCAAAGCAAAACAGAUGUCACUCCCACAAAUAAACCAUGUUUUAAAGGCUAAUGAAUAUAGUUUAAAACCAAACGUUUUUUACGGAUCAAUAAAAGGGUUUGACAGUAAUAUCCUACCAUCAAACUCCCCAAGUGAAGACCGACGUAGUGCUGCAACGUGUCUACAGAGCCGUGGCAUGCUGUUUGGAGUAUUCGAUGGCCAUGCAGGGUCUGCUUGCGCACAAGCAGUUAGUGAACGCCUGUUUUACUACAUAGCCGUGUCUCUUCUUCCAUUGAAGACUUUAAUUGAAAUAGAGGAGGCUGUGGAGACUGAACGCCCUGUGCUUCCAGUGCUACAAUGGCACAAGCAUCCCAACGACUAUGUUAGCACAGAUGCUGGUAAACUAUACUUCAAUAGCCUGAGGACAUAUUGGCAGGAGAGGAUAGAUCUGCACGAGGAUGAUGACAGUGAUAUACAAACAGCUUUAAGAAAUGCUUUCAAAAGAUUGGAUAAUGAUAUUUCCUUGGAGGCCCAGGUGGACUAUGGAGUUCCUUUUGCUCAUUUCACACCUCUCAGAGUGGCUCAGUCUGGAUGCACGGCUUGUGUGGCUCACGUGGACCGAGAAGAUCUUCACGUGGCCAAUUUGGGUGACAGCAGAGCUGUUCUCGGUGUCCAAGGAGAUGAUGGGAGGUGGUCAGCUCUCACUCUUACCAACGACCACAAUGCCCACAACCCAGAUGAGAUGCAGCGGGUUCUUUCGGAGCAUCCCGUUUCUGAGGAGAAGACCGUAGUGAAACAUGACAGGCUAUUAGGCCUGUUGAUUCCUUUCAGGGCUUUUGGAGACAUUAAGUUCAAGUGGAGCAGUGAGCUGUUGAAUCACAUCUACGAGGCACGUCCAGAGCUGCUCGUCGGGAAUGAAAAUGCAAAAAUGCUGCUACCGAACUACCACACACCACCUUACCUCAUAGCCGAUCCAGAAAUUGCUCAUCACAAAUUGCGACCACAGGACAGAUUCUUGAUUCUAGCUACUGAUGGUCUCUGGGAACUGAUGCACAGGCAGACUGUUGUGCAGGUCUUAGGGGAACAUCUGUCUGACAUCCAGUGGAAGAAGCCAGUAUCUGGAUUGGGUUUUACAGUGGGACAAAUGCACAGACUGCUGAAGGAGAGAAAGAGUAGAGCUCUUUCUGCUCUGGAGGAUGAGAACAGUGCUACUCAUCUGAUCCGUCACGCUCUGGGCAGCGAUGGCUGCGGCUCUAUUGAACCCAAGCGCAUAGCCAAAAUGCUCAGUCUGCCACAGGAUUUGGCAAGGAUGUACAGAGAUGACAUAACAAUUAUAGUCAUUCACUUUAAUAAUUAAUCUACUUACGGAAACCAAUAUGAGCAUAAUAAAAAUUUUGUACAAAUUAGACAAUAAGUAGAAUAUUUUUAAACAGUCUAAUUUAUACCUACAGUGUAUAUGUAUAUAUGGUGGCUUCUCUGAUUUAUUGUAAAGUUAAUUUAAAGGGGUUGUGAAAUGUUUU